AAGAUGAACACUAAUCCUGAAUCCGUGAUGGAGAGGCUCUAUUUCGCAUAGAUCUGAUUGGUAGAAAGAGCUGUCAAUCCAGGCUCUCAGUUGUGGCACCGUCAAGUUCGGUAGCAUUUCGCGAAGUUGGUGCCCAGAAACAGCUUGAGAAACAGCCGAGCGAAAAUGAGUGAGUCGCAGCAGGACGAUGAGAUGGCCGCCCUGGUGGAGAGCAGCGGCGGGGAGUUUAUGCAGAAGUGCAGCGGCGGUGCGGGGCAGGACUCCCAGCCCUCCUCUCUGGCCCUGCUGGCCGCCACCUGCAGUCGGAUGGAUGCCCCAGGCGACAGCGAGGCAGGGUCGGAGGACCGGCCUCCCCAUCAGCCCCUAGAGCUGGGGCAGGCACAGCUGACCCACACCGCCAACGGCUGGCAGAUCAUCCCGGUGAGCACACCGGCUGCAGAGGCGGGGAAGGGCCGGCAGGGGGCGCCGCUGGGCCAGCAGCAGUAUGUGGUGGCUCCGGCGGGGCUGUCGGGGGUGGUGCCCAGCGUCCAGUACCAGGUCAUCCCUCAGUUCCAGACGGUGGACGGGCAGCAGCUGCAGCUGACGCAGCAGGAUCAGGCCGCGGGCAGCGCCCCACUGCAGCUCCUGUCCUCCCCGGCGGCCGGCGGGCAGCAGCUCCGCACCGCGCCUGCAGGGAGCAUCCUGACUGUGCCCGGCCUGAUCCAGCAGACCAUCCCCCUGCAGAACCAGGCCCAGUUCCUGGCCAAUGUGCCCGUGUCCCUCAACGGGAACAUCACUCUCCUGCCCGUUAGCACGGGGCCCACAGCGACCCCUGCUGGCGGGGCAGGGUACUCCAGCGCACCCAGCAGCAGCACUCAGACGGCGGUAGCGGGAGGGGGGGGGAAGACCCUGGUCGAGGGCAGGGAGGGGGGGCAGCAGCUUCUCCUGCAGCCGCAGCAGGUCCUGCCAGCGGGGCAGGCGCUGCAGACCGUCGCCGCGGGCGGCCAGGUGUUCACUACAGCAACGCUGUCCCAGGACGCCGUGCAGAACCUGCAGAUCCAGACGGUGCCGGGCGCGGGGCCCAUCGUGCUGCGGACCGUGGGCCCGGGCGGGCAGGUCAGCUGGCAGACGCUGCAACUGCAGAAUCCCGUGGGGCAGACCAUCACACUGGCGCCGGUGCAGAGCCUCCCGCAGCUGGCCCAGACCGGCACCGUGCAGCUGCCCGGCCUGCAGACCAUCAACCUCAACACCCUGCAGGGCGUCCCCAUCGCCAUCGCCCACCCUGCAGGAGACCAGGCCCUGCAGGGUGGGACUGGGGGCGGGGCCAACAUGGAUGAGGGCGGAGCCAUGGAGGAUGGAGAGACCAGCCCUCAGCCUCCCGGCAGGCGGUCCCGCAGAGAAGCCUGCACCUGCCCCUACUGCAAGGAGGGAGAGGGACGCACUGAUCCCAGCAGAAAGAAGCAGCACAUCUGCCACCUGCCAGGCUGUGGGAAGGUGUACGGUAAGACCUCACACCUGCGGGCUCACCUGCGCUGGCACUCAGGUGAGCGGCCCUUCGUCUGCUCCUGGUCCUUCUGCGCCAAACGCUUCACCCGCUCCGAUGAGCUGCAGAGACACAAGAGGACACACACAGGGGAGAAGAAGUUCACCUGCUCAGAAUGUCCCAAGCGCUUCAUGCGCAGUGACCACCUGUCCAAGCACAUCAAGACUCACGCCAACAAGAAGAACACCGCCAAGGGUAACAGCAGCGGCCCCGCCCCCACCGCCGUCGCCGCGGACACCGCUGCGUCCGCUUCCGUCGGCACAGAUGCCUGCGCCGCGGGGGGUGUGGCCUCCGAUCAGCACGGCCUCAUCACCAUGGAGACGCUGUCACCUGAGGGAAUCGCCCGAUUGGCCAGCAGUGGUGUUAAUGUCAUGCACGUGACAGACCUGCAUUCUGUGAACAUGAACAGCAACGGCUACUGAAGCCAGAGACGCAGACAGCGUGUGACACAGCACAGGGCAGCAGGGCGGGGCUGGACAAAGGGAAUUCUGGGAACAGGGUGUGGCACUGGGGUAGAGGCAGGGUGGCUAUCAUUCAUGCACCCAUACCCUCCCUCCUGCCAACCCAGCAUUCUCCAGUAUGCUACUGUGAUUGGUCCUUGUGUUGCCACAGCAACUGCUAGCCCACAGGCUGCAUGUGCCCCGCCCCACGCCACAGAGACCUGUCUGAGACCAGCAUUGCAUCGUCUCACCAGGGACAACUGAUUCAGGAUCAGUAGUAACUGAGACUAAAGCCCCAGGAUCAGUGACACCUGGGAGGUGGAAGAAUUAUUUUCUCUUUCAUGUCCUACAUGGAGAGGUUUUUUUUAUGCUUAAUAUUAUUGAUGAAAUAGGUACACGUUUAAAGCCAUCAUUCUCUGAUGAACAUAUCAGUUUUCCUGUGUUUUGAGCAGUUUUUGUACGUAUUUUUUAUUUUGUAUUUUUUUAGGGGUGGGGGCAGGAAAUGGGGUAUGGGUGGUAUGAAACAUGAGAACUCAGCAGAGAUUGUGUUUCUGUGUGUGCCUCGUUCACAAGCUUUCCUGAAACACAACUUUUUGAUUGCAACUUUUUUAUAAACACAUUUUGUGAGACCAACUUUAACUCGACUUGAAGGGUUCUGAGUAGAAAUGUGACAUCCAGUACAGUCCCAGGAUAUAUUGCGGCAGCUGUGUCCCUCCACGCCCCGCCUACCUUUGCAGCUGUGUCCCUCAGCGCCCCGCCUGCCUUUGUCUUGCUAUUUUGGGAGUUAAUUUUCCAGUUGUAUUUCAAGCUGGCCACCUAUUUCUUUGAAUAACCUAAUGAGCUUCCAUACUUUAAAAUGACAAAAUAAAAUUUGUUUAAAAAGAUUCCUUUCUUGGCUGUAAUGAGCCCAGUAUGCAGUGCGGUCCAGGGGAGCGCUGGAGUCGGCGUGGGGAGGAGCGUUCACGGGCAGGACGUCGCCCUGUGGGAACUGCUACUGCUGGCAGCUCUUACUGUGCAAACCAAGAAAUUAAAUUUACAAA